AUGGGGCAGUCUCGAGAAGUUACAACAUUCCUCAGCUUACCCGCUGGAUUGCGAGGGCGAAUUUAUGCCGAGGUUCUGAUAUCACUCAAGCAAGGCCCAGAGAUACUCCGCAGUUGCCGCCAGGUUGAAAAAGAAGCUCGGAAGUUCUUAUACCAAAGACCCGUCAAUUUUCCGACUCAACUUUCGAUGUACGAAUGGUUAGAUGCAACACCUGACAACCUCCUCGCACAGGUCAUCGAUAUCUCAGUGGCAGUCCAAGAUAUCGAUCUUCGAUCUAUACUACAUCCUCAUGCGUCGACGACACUAUCACCUGGCCUCCCUCGACUGCUUACGUCGGAUCUGUACGAGGCGGAAGUCAGUCGGUUCACGUUUGCAUUAAAGAGGUUGCCGCACGUUAAGACAAUUGCUAUCCAAGCAUCCUCGAACUCUCCAUCUCGCCUUUAUGACGAGUUCGUGUCUAAGAUCUUGAUAGAGUUGAGGUCGAAAUUGCCGGAUGCCAAAGUAGUACCCGUCGUAAAUCUGAAUUCGCGUAAUACAGUCGAGUAUUGA